CAUCGGACAGUAAACGGUGAUGGCAGACUCUGAUGCGCAAGAGACUCGCCAGCCCGCAAAGGACUCGCCGUUCUCCAUAAAGAACCUGCUGAACAUUGAAGACAAACCCACGAAGCCGAAAAGCUUCCUCGGCUCGUCCAAAGUGUUUGAAGGCAGCUUCUUCUCGCGGCUCGGUGACUUAUCUUUCCCUCGAUUUGAGUUGCCCACACAAAGAAUUGGACUAUCUGGGCAGUAUCUGGAAAGAGCGUCUACCUGGUGGUAUCCAUACACGCUUGGGGCUCAUCUGAGGACUGCGGGGUCUGAGAAGGCCAGUCUAAGGGAGGCAUCACCGGCACCGGACAGGCGCUCCCCGGACCUCCAGAAAAGUGACCAAGAUGUCAAAGAGGAAAGCGCCGACGACGACAUCGCGCUGGAUGAAAGUGAUGCGGAAGAGCCAAAGAAAGAAAUAGACCAGGGGGACGACUGGAGGAGAAAAACGGACGAACUGGACCCAGAGAAGAAGCCCUGCCGGAAGAAGAAGACGCGCACGGUGUUUUCCAGGAGCCAGGUUUUCCAGCUGGAGUCCACCUUCGACAUCAAGCGCUACCUGAGCAGCUCGGAGAGGGCCGGCCUGGCCGCGUCCCUGCACCUGACAGAGACGCAGGUCAAAAUCUGGUUUCAGAACCGGAGGAAUAAGUGGAAACGGCAGCUGGCCGCGGAGCUGGAGGCGGCCAACCUGAGCCAUGCGGCGGCGCAGAGGAUUGUGCGGGUUCCCAUACUUUACCAUGAGAACGGAGCCCCAGAAACGACUGGGGGCUCCGCUGCAAACUCACCGGGCAGCCACCACAUGGCUUUUCCCCACCACAUGUACUAUUCCCACUCGGUCCCUCUGCUGAGGCCUGUUUAACACUGACUGUGUCAUUAUGAGCUGUAAAUAUGUUUUUAAAUGACAGUGACCUUCACUGAAAAAAAAAUACAUUUUUGUAUAUUUUGUAGAUUCAACGGACACAAUGUUAGGUCUUAUUAUUAUUACAAUUAUUAUUAUUAUUUGUAAUCAUCACUUAUCCUGCUUAAGGGUCCUUGAGCAAGACACAGAGUCCCUAUUACAGCCCCCAAAGGUGUUGCAGAGGGAAUUUCAAAAUUUAUUAUUAUUAUUAUUAUUAUUAUUGGUUAGAUCAUUACAUUCAAAAGUU